AUGCUAUUCUUAUAACAUAUCAUUUUUCUAAAAAAAAUAAAUUUUGAAAAACUUAAUAAAAACUGUUCUAAUGAAAUUGGUGAUGAAGGUGCAUCAGGCUUAGGUUCUGGUUUAGCAAAUUGCAUUAAUCUAUCAAAUUUGAAACUUUAUCUUCAUUCUAAUGAAAUUGGUGAUAAAGGUGCAUCAGACUUAGGUUCUGGUUUAGCAAAUUGCAUUAAUCUCUAAAAUUUGACACUUAAUCUUGAGGACAAUUAUAUUUUUGAUGAAGGUCCAUCGGGCUUAGGUUCUGGUUUAGCAAAUUGCAUUAAUCUCUCAAAUUUGACACUUGAACUUAAUUCUAAUAAAAUUGGUGAUGAAGGUGCAUCAGGCUUAGGUUCUGGUUUAGCAAAUUGCAUUAAUCUCUUAAAUUUGACACUAGAUCUUGGUGAAAAUGAAAUUGGUGAUGAAGGUGCAUCAGGCUUAGGUUCUGCUUUAGCAAAUUGCAUUAAUCUCUCAAAUUUGACACUUUACCUUUAUUCUAAUAAAAUUCGUGAUGAAGGUACAUCAGGAUUAGGUUUUGGUUUAGCAAAUUGCAUUAAUCUCUCAAAUUUGACACUUCAUCUUAAUUCUAAUAAAAUUCGUGAUGAAGGUCCAUCAGGCUUAGGUUCUGGUUUAGCAAAUUGCAUUAAUCUCUCAAAUUUGAAACUUUAUCUUCGGUAAAAUUAAAUUGGUGAUAAAGGUGCAUCAGGCUUAGGUUCUGGUUUAGCAAAUUGCAUUAAUCUCUAAAAUUUGAUACUAGAUCUUUGGGAAAAUUAAAUUGGUGUAAUCGGUGCAUCAGGCUUAGGUUUUGGUUUAGCAAAUUGCAUUAAUCUCUCAAAUUUAACACUUGAUCUUAGUUCUAAUAAAAUUCGUGAUGAAUGUCCAUCAGGCUUAGGUUCUGGUUUAGCAAAUUGCAUUAAUCUCUCAAAUUUGACACUUGAUCUUAGUUACAAUUAAAUUGGUGCAAUGGGUGCAUCAGGCUUAGGUUUUGGUUUAGCUAAUUGCAUUAAUCUCUCAAAUUUGAAAAUUUUUUUUAGUUGCAAUUAAAUUGGUGAUGAAGGUGCAUCAGGCUUAGGUUCUGGUUUAGCAAAUUGCAUUAAUCUCUCAAAUUUGUAACUUCGUCUUAAUUGCAAUUAAAUUGGUGAUAAAGGUGCAUCAGGCUUAAGUUCUGGUUUAGCAAAUUGCAUUAAUCUCUCAAAUUUGACACUUAACCUUCGUUCUAAUAAAAUUGGUGAUGAAGGUGCAUCAAGCUUAGGUUCUGAUUUAGCAAAUUGCAUUAAUCUCUCAAAUUUGACACUUGUUCUUAGUAAUAACCAAAUGAAUGAAUCAAAAAAAUUCGAAGUAAUAAGCAAGUGUUUUAAAUCAAAAAGAUUAGUUGUCUUUAUAAAAGAAAUUUGGUGA